AUGAAUGCAACUCUUGAUUUCUCUUAUAUUCCCGAAUUAUUAGAGACAUCAUCGAUGGUUGCAUUAGUUGCUUUCUUUUUCAUCUCCUAUUCGACUCUUCCAUUUUAUAUUUAUGUGCACAACUUGAAUCGGUCAAAAGAAAAGGAUCUUCCGUUUGUUCAACUUUUCUACAAAAUAGUCAAAUGGUCGUAUUGGUUCUGUUCUGCCUCUGUAUUGAUGUUUUCUCUGAUGUCAUUGCUUGUGAUCAACUUAAGUGACAAAUUUAAGUCAGCAAAAAGAAUGAUCCUUUGGAUCCCAUUUAUUUUCUUUAUGGCUUCGAUAUAUAUCUUUCACAUUUUACAACAAACAAUCCAUUUACUAUUGUUUCUAUUAGCAAUUAUUAAUUCUCUGAAAUACCGUUCGCCUCUUCAUUUCGCGUUCAAAGCACAGUAUCUCAAUUACAUCACACCUCUGAACGUAUUUUUCGUUUUACUGGAUGUUGCAGCGUUUAUGUUGCAUGUGCUUCGUCAGUACGGCGUUCUAAAUACAGAGAAAGUUCAAGUUUUCAUAGCGUGCAAUGAGGCAUUGUAUAUGUUUUUUAACAUUGUAAUAUCGUUUCUAACUCCAUUUAUCUACAUUCCAAUUAUGAUUGAUAUAAGGAAAAAUAGACAUCUUCACUCCCCACAACACAUGUUUCUACACAAUUACAUAUUCUUUCAGAGUUCUCUGGUGGUAUUAUUUAAAUUGAUAAUUCUACCCUAUUGUUUUGACACUGGAAACUUUUAUAGUAAAUUUUUUCUAAUGAUGAUGAAAAUAGCUAUAGGUGAUGUUCUAACUGCACCGUUGAUAAUUCAACUGUCAUAUUUGAGAUGUAAUUUACACGAAUUAAUUGUUCUGAAUGAUUCAUUUGAUCUCCACAAAUUUGUGAAAGUUAUAAUUGGCAAAACGGAGAACUCUGUACAUCCUAGUGAGGCUCCUAUUGCAUUUUCAAUCACCUAA